AUGGCUGCUGCCGUAACAACGCGGACGACCUGGGUGCCCGCGCGUCUCGCGCGGCCCACCGCGAUCCGUGCUUCGCGCCACCGCGCCUCCAUCUCCUCCAGGCGCGUGCGCGCACAGAUCGCGCGCGCCUCUAAGAACGACGAACCCGAUCUCGACCCCGAGGAGCCCGGGUUCUUCGGCAGCGACGACUGGGACGGCAACGAGGGCCCGUUCAUUCGCCCGGAGGGAUCGCCAUUCUUCGCCUCGUACACGGACCCGACCGUGUGGAAGCUCAUGCAGGAAAACCUCGUCGCGGGCGAGGUGGAGCAGAUCCUGCCCGCGAAGGCCAAGCUGAUGGCGGAGAACGACGGCUGGACGCUCAUCGACGUCCGGCCGUACCCGGACUACUGCGAGGCGCACGCGUGGGGAGCCAAGAGCGCGCAGCUGUACGUGCCGAUGGAGGUGGAUUCCCUCGCCAAGGGCGCCAAGGCCGUGGCGUCCGUCCUCCUGUUCCCCGAGCGCCUGGGCAAGAAGUACGUCAACGUGGAGUGCAACGAGGACUUCCUCGACGAGAUGCAGGAGGAGCUGGAGUGGGGCGCGAAGGUCAUCCUCUACUGCGCCACCGGCGGCGUCAUCGGAGAUCCCGAACUCAACUACGCCGACGGCCAACAGAGCGCGUCGCUCAUCGCCGCGCACGAGCUGGCGAUGCGGGGCUGGGGCACGGACAACAUCAAACACAUGGCGGGCGGGCUCGGGAUGUGGGACGCGAUCGAGGGGUUCGACCUCGGCGCCGUGCCGGAGUAA